AUGAUAACGUUAGGUUGGACAGAUGCAUAAGAAGGAUUCUUCCUCACCUAAAGCAGUCUAUAAUUGAGAAAUUUUUAAGAAAGGGAUUAAUUAAGGUUGAUGAUUGUAAAGCCAAAUCUAGUGAUAGAAUUAAUUCAAGUCAAAUUAUAACAAUAAAGCACUUUAAUUCCGACCAAAUAUUUAAUUACAAACCAAAACCAAAUGCAAAGUUAGCAGGAUUAUUAAAAGAAAAUAUAUUAUAUGAGGAUGAAUAUAUCUUGGCUAUUAACAAACCUGCAGGAGUAACCGUUCAAGGUGGAAAAAUUAACAUUAGCGACCUACUUGAUCAAAUACGCGAGAAAGAAGUAUUUAAAAUUGUACACAGACUCGAUAGAGAUACUAGUGGACUGAUAAUAUUUGGACGCGAUGCUAGAGUUGCAAAGUAUUUAAUGGAAGNAUUUAAAGGACGAAAGAUUAAGAAAACUUAUUUAGCACUUACUUCUGGUAUACCAAGCAAAAAUAAUGGAAUAAUAAACCAUCCAUUAGUGAAGAAGUACAUUGCUGGACAAGAAAAAGUGGUUGUAGACGAAAAUUCUUCUCAAAAUGCUACCACACAUUUUUCAGUUCUAGCAAAACUAAAACAUAAUGUGGCUUAUUUAAAGUUGCAACCCAUUACUGGUAGAACCCACCAGUUACGUGCGCAUCUAUCCCAUAUAAACUGCUCCAUUCUUGGUGAUGGUAAGUAUGGAGGUAAAAAAGCUUUUGUUGAUGGAAUAGAAAAUAAAAUGCACCUUCAUUCAUAUUCUUUAUCUUUAAGAUUGCCAAAUAAUAAGAUUAUAACUAUUGUUGCGCCAAUUUCUGAGCAUAUUGAGCGGUCUAUAAAAACUCUCAGUCCAUAGAACAUUUAAUCAAGCGUCUAUCUUUAUAAAGAUAAUCAUCAUUCUGACUUUACUCAGAGAGAUUUAUAGAUUCUUAAACCAUACAGCCCCACUAUAUAACUAUAUAUUAUCCUCGUUUAAAGUUAUUAUGUGACAAGUAUUACAUGGGUGCGCCAAAACAAUAUAGGAGGUGUGUAGAGUAAUACAAAACAGUAAAGAGAGUAUAGCAAAGCUUGCAGAGCACUAUAAUCUUAAUCCGAAGGCUAUUGUAAAAUGGAAAAAACGCUCAUUUGUUAUAGACGCUGCAAUUGGCCCAAAACAUGGAAAAUCAAAGAUGUCAACUCAAGGGGAAGAAGCAAUAAUUGUCACUUUUCGCAAGCAUAUACUUCUUCCUUUGGACAAUUGCCUUUAUUCUUUGCGGGCCAUAAUUCCUUGUUUAACUCGGUCUAGUUUGCAUCAUUGUUUGCAAAGACACGGCAUUAGCAUACUGUCAGAUGUUGAAGGAGAGAUAAAAGCCAAAAAGAAAUUCAAGCUAUGUCCAAUCGGUUAUUUCCAUAUUGAUAUCGCAGAAGUUAUAACAGAAGAAGGGAAGUUACAGCUAAACUUGCUUAUGUUAAACUGCAUAAUAACGCUAUAAAACCAAUAGCUACUGAGUUUUUGCGUAAUUUAAUCAAAAUUACCCUAUGAGAAUUAAGAACGUCAUAAACACGCUUUUUAGCGCAUAUUUGAUAGAGUUUUCAAAAAUGACAUUGAACAUCGUCUUACUAAAAUCUGACAUCCCUCGACAAGUGGCCAAGUUGAGCGUAUGA